AUGAGCGCGACCUCUCAAAUCCCGAUCCCCGCUCACACGCUUGCGGAAUCCAUGUUGUCUCGGCGCUUCGGCCGAGAGACCGCAAACUACUUCUCCAAGAUCCGCAAGAUGCUCCCAUCAGACGUCUUCGACCAAUCCGAAGAGGACAUGAUCAAGAACUUUGACUCGCGCAAGACAAACCCCAUCCUGGUUUUCCUCGGUCUGGACGAGAGUCGCAAGGAAAACGGUCUCACCCAUAAGAUCUACACCGGAGCGCCAACCUUCGCCCUCGAUAUCACCCCCAAGGGCUCCGAGUCCCAGCAAACCGCCGCCAAGGACGUCAUCAGCGAGCUGGAAGCGAAGGGUCUCUCCUUCUUCCAAACCCGGGUCGUGACCACCUUCACCCCAGACGACGCCGCCGCAUACGCCCAAGCCCGCGCGUACGUCGACUGGAAUUCGCGCAACACCUUCUGCGGCACCUGCGGGCACCCCACCCUGUCCGUCAACGGUGGCACGAAGAAGACCUGCCCGCCCACCGACGCGGCGCUUCCCAACCCCGAGCGGCCGGCCUGCUCGACGCGGACGACGCUGUCAAACCUGAACUUCCCGCGCACAGACCCGACCAUCAUCGUGGCUGUUGUCUCACAUGAUGGCAAGCGGCUGCUGCUGGGCCGGUCGAAGCGGUUCCCGCCGAACUGGUACUCGACGCUGGCGGGCUUCAUUGAGCCAGCGGAGUCGAUUGAGGAUGCUGUGCGGCGGGAGGUAUGGGAGGAGGCUGGAGUGACGCUUUCGCGAGUUGUGAUCCACUCGUCGCAACCGUGGCCCUACCCGGCGAAUUUGAUGAUUGGGGCUAUCGCGCAGGUGAGUGAUCCUGCUCAUGAGGAGAUUAAUUUGGAGCAUGAUCCGGAGUUGGCCGAUGCGAAGUGGUUCCCUGUUGAGGAGGUUGAGGAGGCGCUGCGGAUUGGGACGAGUGAUCUUGGUGCUGCGGCUGGGCCUGAGUAUAAGGGUGGGCUGAGGUUGCCACCUGCGACGGCCAUUGCACAUCAGUUGAUUAAGUCCGCUAUAGCUGCGGACUAUUUCCAAGCCGACUCUGGGGAGAAGACGGCUAGGAUUUGA